AUGACAAAGAAAUAUGGUGGAAUGUUCUCUCUUAAACUUGAGACUGGAACAGCAGUAGUUCUUACAGACCGUCGCAUCAUCAAAGAACUUGUCGAUAAGAAGAGCUCAGUGCCGAGUAAUCGACCGGAUUCUUAUGUUGCUCAAGGAAUUAUUACUGGCGGCGGUCAUCUGCUGGUCAUGAAGUACAGGCCUACCUGGAGGUUGUUUCGGAAGCUCAUUCACCAGUACUUCAUGGAAGCAAUGUGUGAGAAGGAACAUAUCAAAGUUCAGAAUGCAGAAGCUGUUCAAAUGCUACAAGAUUUUGUCAUGACCCCGGAACAUCACAUGCUUCACCCGAAGAGAUUCAGCAACAGCGUCAUCAUGACCCUACUGUUUGGCACAAGAACUCCAUCCUAUGACACUCCUCAUAUGGCGAGGCUGUACGACUUGAUGGAGAACUGGUCCAAAAUAAUGGAGACUGGCGCCACGCCGCCAGUGGACGUAUACCCGUUCCUAAGACUGAUUCCGGAACGGUUUUUGGGCAACUGGGUCUCUCGCGCCACAAAGGUCAAGGAAGAGAUGGAGUCACUUUACAGCGACAUGAUAAACCAUGUCAUCCGCCGCCGCGAACAGCAAGGAAGCAAAGGCUCUUUCAUGGAUAAAGUACUCGACAGAAACGAUAAACUUGGUUUGAGCUCGCAUGAAUUGUAUUUCCUUGGAGGUGUGAUGAUGGAAGGCGGUUCUGAUACGUCUUCGUCGAUUAUUAUUGCCUGCAUACAAGUGCUGACAAAAUGGCCUGAGGUUCAAAAGAAGGCUCAAGCGGAGAUUGAUGCCGUCAUCGGAGAAGACCGUUCACCUCUGUGGUCUAAAUAUACAAAAUUGCCGUAUGUGGCCGCUGUUGUCAAGGAAGCAAUGAGAUGGCGACCAACAAAAUUCCCGAAUCCCGACAUUUUUGACCCGGCUCACUACGCCGGUCACACUCAACUGGCUCCUGAGUACGCAGCUUCUGCUGAUUACGAGAACCGUGAUCACUACGGCUAUGGGGCUGGUCGCAGGCUGUGUCCUGGGAUCCAUCUUGGCGAGCGCAAUCUUUUCCUAGGUAUUGCGAAAUUACCCUGGGCGUUUUCUUUCGAUAAAGAGCUGGAUUCCUCGGGAAAGCCUAUUGAACCUGACGUUGAUCCCAUUACAGGAUACAGCGAAGGCUUCUUAGUAUGUGCAAACCCAUUUCCUUGCAAGAUCACGCCAAGAUCAGAAGCCAGACGAGACACAAUCAUGAAAGAGUUUGCUCAAGCUUAG